AUGUCUCCUUUGGGUGACGACGAAUUAGGUUCGGUCCUGAAAUGGCUCUGCGACGGAAACGACAGGAAGUCCUUCGCCCAAGUCUGCAAGCACUGGCUGCGUCUGGAAGGCCUGACCCGUUCCUUCAUACGGAUCCUUGAACCUGACUCACUGCCAACCAUCUUGCCCAGAUUCCCAAAUAUUCGCAAAUUCGAAUCUCCAAAAUUAGUCACCGACCAUCACCUUCAAAUUUUAGCCCAAUUUUGCCCCAAACUCGAGGUCAUUAAUCUCAAUUUCAGACCAAAGCAAGGAAUUCCCGGUUAUUCGGACGAAUCAUCGUGUUUCGAGGACAUCGGAGACGACGGUGUGGGCGCCUUGGCAGCCGGGUGUAGCAGGUUGUCUGAAGUUUCGCUCAGGAGAAGAAGGAACAUUGGGAACGAUGGAGUUAUUUCAAUUUGUAGUUCAGCGAAGCAUCUGAGGCAUUUGGACUUGGGUGGGUGUAAUUUGAUUACAGACGAAGCCCUUGAAGCAAUUUCUGGGGUGAUUUGUAUUGCUGGUCUGAGUUUGGAAGGCUGUUGCUUGAUCACGGAUCGCGGGUUGUCAUAUUUAGCGUCGGGAUCUUCUUCCAAGUCCUUGAAAAUGCUUAUCUUGACAGAAUGCGAUCGAAUCACGGACUCCGGCGUGCGUCUUCUGCAGAAAAUUCAUCAUCUGGAGGAGCUAAAUUUAGCAGAAUGUGGGCCUAAGGUGACGGACACAGGAUGCUCGGCAAUAGCGGAAAUUCAAACUCUAAGGAAGUUGAAUUUGUCGUGGAUGGUUAAUGUAUCAGAUGCAACAGUGAUUGCACUUGCAGAGCACAGCAAGAACUUGGUGGCAGUUGAUUUCACAGGAUGUGAAUUGAUAACUGAAGCUGGCAUUCGCGCUUUUGCGAACCAUAGGAGUUUGGAAGGUCUAGUGUUGGCUUCUUGCUACAAUAUAUGCGCAGAUGACCUAGAAUACACGGCUAGGUGCAAGUCAUUGAGACGUAUUGUGCUUGAUAGAGGACUGAGAAUGUGGAUACCAACCACCACGCAAGACAAUAUUAGUAGAUUCUGCGAGUUGCAUUGGAGAUGA